AAUAAAGUUUGCUUCAAAUGUGCCAGAAUGAACCAAAUAAGUGUGAUUUUCAGCUGAAAUCUCCAUCAUCCCUCCAGAGCUCCAUAAACAGAGAAUCUAUGACUAAAACACUGAAGCUUUUCUGGAGACUGAACCAGAACCAAGAGUAGUCUGUGGUUUCUGUUUCAUCUAACAUAAAAUGACAAACAUACAUCUCAUGUAGGCCUGGAUGAAUACAACCCUUUUUUUAAUCUUGACCAAAGAUCUAAGAACAAAACACUCCAGGACCGAUGGAAACAGAAGUACACCCAGGAAGUAAAAAUCAUUGUUUGUGUUCCCACUGCAUCAGAGGAGCUGUGAAGAUCUGACCAAUCAAAUCAGACAGUGGUUGAUAAAAUAAUUUUGACAAAGAAACAACAAAGCAAAGUCAGACUAUUGUUGUUGUCCUGGUACUGAGAGGGAUCAAACCCAAAAUGAUUUCUAACUGGUGCAAAGAUAAAGAAUAGCCUACUUUAAAUAUCAGCAACUUGUCUGGAUUAUGGAUUAUAAUAGUGUAAACAUUCCUCCUUUUACCAAAAAAUACAAAAUGUUUGAUCAAAAAGAACAACUGUAAAUGUAAAGCUUCUGGUCCCAAGCCUGGAAUUAUCAAAAGGGAUAAUCCUCUAGGGACCAUGAACAUCAAUUUGUUGAUCCAAGAAGAUCCACCUCAGUUCCUCUUUUGUUGAGACCACUUGCAGUUAGAUUGUUAAGAAUUACUGUAGCAUUGGUGGCGCAAUUAUAACCAGGAUUCAUUGUGUAACAUCUUCAGCAGUGCACCAGAGCCUCUGUGGAUUUGAUUUUUGAUUUAGCUUCAUCUUUUAAGACGAUGAAAACAGGCACUUGGCAGAUGAAUUGCGUGGUAUACAUUGUAUGUGUACAUUGUAUUGUAAUACAUUAGAAGCUUAGAGCAAUGUUAAGCAUAUAGUUUGUUGCAACAAUAGUCAGUGCUGCUUUGUUUUUCUGUUGCUUGGUGGAGGGUAGCCAUGGUUUACACAAUAGUAUGUUGUUUUGUAUAUUAUUUCCAGAUGUUUUAUCCUGUGAAGUGUAGUCAAAGACACAUUCAUCACACUGGUGGACAAUAAAGUCACUGCACUGCAGUGUAAAACAUCAUAUUAUAAGGAAAACACAGCCUUCUCUGGUCUGUUGUCACAUGUAGAAAUUGAAUGGCUGCUGUAAGUCCUGCAGACCACCAGAUGUCGCUGUGCUGCGUGCUGAGUUCAAAGACCUAAUCUUUAAAUCUUUUUGCGAGGCAAACACCUCUUAAAAAACCUUUAAUAUUACUGAUUUACACGACUUUAAUGUACGUCUUUACCUCACCCCUCCUUAAAUAUUUAUUUAUUUUUGAAUGAAACUGCCUCUCUGCAUUAUAAGUAAUUUGUGUCCUUUUAUAUUUUCAUUAGCUCUCAUUGGGUUUCCUCUCAUUUUCUUGUACAUGUAUUACUGUCUGCAGGUGUUUUUUUAAAUACAUAUUAAAAAAUAAAUCCGAUUUCUAUUGCAAGGUGGACGUAAAUCUCUCAUGUAAAGGACACAAUGAAGUUUAUUAGUAAACAGGAGUUCCGAGGGGACAGUGAAGGCAGCAGCAGCCUCUUGUUGUGUUCAGGGGCAGCAGUGGCCUGUUGUCGCCGGUGGAGAUGUGAUACAGUUGUAGAUUAAACUUUCCCUUCAGUAUGCUCCGGUGUGUUAACGGGCUGCUCUUCUCCAGACACCUACACUAGAGGCAGAGGAAGAGCCGGGUUUCCAGCUGCUCUACGGCGGGAGGAGCUCCCGAUGCUACUUAGCUUCACUGUUAGCAUCUUAGCAGCCGCUCCGUCAAUUGAAGGCAUCACUGUUCCCGCUCAUAGACUAUAACCAGUCUAUGACAGCAGCAGAAUGACCUCAGCCUCCACAAAAGUUGGAGAGAUCUUCUCUGCAGCUGGAGCUGCCUUCACCAAACUAGGAGAGCUCACCAUGCAGCUGCAUCCAGUGGCAGACUCCAGUCCUGCAGGUUCCCAUCUUCCCUCCAGUGGUCAAACGAAGAACACGGUGAAGAGGAAGCUGUAUGAGGACGUGGCUCUGCCUGCUGCAGAUGGGCCCAAGAAGGUCGUCAAGAAAGCCACGGUUACUGUUGCCAUGGCGACACAGGGCACUCCAACCAUCAUCUCUGUGCCCACAGCUCAGGUUGUCAUGCCUUCAGGACUACAGGGUCCCCCCUCCAACCAGCCCCCCCUGAAGAAACAGAAGACUGCAGAUGUGACCCUCAGUGCUCUGAAUGACUCAGAUGUCAACAGUGAUCUUGUGGACAUUGAGGGACUGGGUGAAGGAUCCAACUCCAAGAAACUCAACAACUUUGAUCAAGAUAACCUGAACCUGGACUCCAGCCUCAUCAUGAAUCCCAGUGACCUCCCUCUGCUCUCCCGCUGACCUUUGACCUUCACUUAAACAAUGGACAAAACAGUCAAAAUAAGUAGAAAUACAAUUGACUGAUGCUGAUCCACCACGUUACAGUAAAUAUAACUGUUGAUUAUGUGGGGUCAUACAGGACUCAUCCGACUGAGUCUGUUGGAAUGUGUUUGGAUCAUUUUUACUGAAAGACAUUUUUAUUUCGUCCUCACUGACUUUUAUUUUGUAGGGACACAAUCUUCUAGCAGUGGGGUUCACACUUCCUGUGUUUUUAAAGAAAAGCCAGGAAACAAACAGGAAACAGUUUUAUUGUUUCUUGUUCAGGCUCAACACAUUUAAUCAGCAGAUGUGAAUAACAGUAGACAGAGUAGUUACAGAGAGUAGUUCAGUGUAUUCCUCCUCUCAGCUUGUCACUGUAUUAGAGGUUAAAGGUCAUGAAGGGUCAUUCACCUGCUCUUGAUGACUGUAGAAGAAUCAUCAUCAUCAUCAUCAUCAUCACUUCUUUAAGAUAAACAACUUUAAUAUUAGUGGCUGAAAAAUGUGUGAAAACCAGUUCUCUAGCUUUAAUUCCUAAUUAGGUCAUUCAUAACUUAAGAUCCACGUACGAGCUUUUUUCAGAGCUUCCAGGUCUUCAUCAGAUGAUGAAGAUUGCCCAGUUGUAAUGGAGUUUGGUACUCUGAUCCUCCUCAUCCUCCGAUGAAGACUGGGAGAUGUGGAAAAAGCUCACAGAGUCAUGGACUUUGAGUUCUUUUAUUUAAGUUAAACAACUUAAAUGAAAAUUGAGUUUUGUUUUUUAAAGUCUGGUAAAUUCACUUUCUUUCAGCAAGCGAUGAGGAGAUCACUGAUCUCGUGUCCCUCUUUGCUUGAAGUACAGAGGAGGUUAGCCUAGCUUAGCAUAAAGACUGGAAGCGGGGGGAAACAGCUAGCCUCCUACAACAGCUGUGACCUCCAGGGAUCAGAGAUGAAGUGUUGGUUAAGAGCUGUCUGGACAGAACCAGGUUACCUAGUAACAGUCUUAAAAUGUUGUGACAGUAACUGUAUACUGUCACAACAUUUUCAGACUGUUACUAGGUAACCUGGUGGUCAGUGUGAGGUCAGAUAUUACAUCACUGUCCCAUAGCAAUAACUCAUAUUUAUACCAGACUGAUUAUUAAACUUAAUGAUAGCGGUUGAGCUGUGACAAGUCAUGUGUUGGUUCUUCAGUACAAACUGUGUCUCUCAUUAUAACCUGAGUUUAACCUGCUUUACACUGACGAUGACGAUGAUGAUGAUGGAUCAGGAUGUUUUCUCAGUAUUUAUAACCACACAGUGAAAAGUUAAACUCGUUCCAUUGUGGUAAAUAAUAGCUUCAUAACAACUGUGCUAAUGUGCUGAGGAAGAUGAAGUUGAGAUGUAGUUGAAAGCUUUGGUAAUAACUCAAUUUGUCAAAUCAACAUUAUUUUUUAAUAAAAAUAGAGCUGAUGAUA